AUGAUUCGUCGGCCAAAAAACACUAACAAAGCUAAAUUUAAGGCUCUCGAUCGCGGAGCGAAGACCGUGGUCGCUGCUGCCGCGGCCGUGGGCGUGAAUCGAUCAACGUGGUACCGCCGGAAGAAACAAGAAGCCACCAUCAAAGUUGCUGCACAUAACACAGCUACCAUUUUCUACACUUCCCGAACUACAAAAAUACUGCUUGAUUGGAUCGUGGAAAUGCGCAAAAAUCGUUACUUGUGUGUAUCAAUGGCGUGCAUGCUGAUUAUGCUUGCUCGUUACGAUCCUGAGCGAGCUAAAUAUCGCACUCGGCUCGGAAACCUAGCGUUUUUAAAGCGCUUUCUCAAGCGCAACCGCCUUACUGUUCGCCGAAUUACGCAAAAAGGCAGAAAGAAGCGCUCUGACAUGGAGAUUUGGCAGCCAAGCGUUGAUGGAUGCCGACUGCUCAUACUUGACAGUCUUAAAGUCAAUAGAAUGGCUUCACUGAGAGCGGUACUGGGUAAAUGCUGUACACAGUUGCAGUUUGUGUCUUCCGGAAUUACGGGUUUAGGUCAACCAAUGGACGUUGCUGUGAUGAAGCCGUUCAAGGACGCCUUCCCGUACGUAUGUAUUUAG